GGUGUCGCACUGGGGCAGAGCUGAAUGAGGGAACAAAGCAGUGACGUUGGGCCGGAGGAGAGUUGAUGCAGUCCAACUGUAUGGGAUCAAGUGUUUGCUAUUCGCUUCUUUCCCUGUUUCAACUCUCUGCACCACAAAGAGGGAGAUGAAGUGAUUCCCAAUGAGGCAAUUGUUUGGCCAUUCCUGCGGGAACUGCAGCCAAUGUCUUUCACUACACGUGAUACACAAGAAGAGCAUGAAACCUCUGUUGACAAUACAGAAGAGUCAAACCAUGACCCCCAGUUUGAACCCAUAGUUUCUCUGCCAGAACAAGAGAUUAAGACACUUGAAGAAGAUGAAGAAGAACUCUUUAAAAUGCGUGCAAAGUUGUUUCGAUUUGCAUCAGAAAAUGACCCACCAGAAUGGAAGGAGCGGGGCACAGGCGAUGUUAAACUGCUUAAACAUAAAGAGAGGGGUACAAUUCGUCUAUUGAUGAGGAGAGACAAGACACUGAAGAUAUGUGCAAAUCAUUAUAUUACCCCUUUGAUGGAACUGAAGCCUAAUGCUGGAAGUGACAGGGCAUGGGUUUGGAACACAUAUGCUGAUUAUGCAGAUGAAUCGCCAAAGCCUGAACUACUGGCAAUUCGAUUUUUAAAUGCAGAAAACGCACAGAAGUUCAAGGCAAAAUUUGAAGAAUGCAGAAAUGAAAUGAAAAGGAAUAAAGAAAAAGAUACAACCAAAAAUGAUAGUGCUGACAAAGUGGCAGAGAAACUAGAAGAGCUGUCUGUAAAGGAGGCAAAAGCGCAAGACAAGCAAGAAGACGCCAAGCAGGAUAAAGCAGAGGAAAAGCAAUAAAUCAUCCAGAGCCUUGUACCUUUUAUUUUUACAAGGGACUUUAUAACAAAGAAAAAAGAACCAAGUUCAAACAUUCAGGUUGUUUUUUCUAAGCUUUUGCCCUUAAGAAAAAAAACCAUUCCCCAGUCAUGAAAAAAUGUACUGUGUUCACUUUCUUUUUCCAUAGUGGAAACACUUAUUUAUAGUCAUCCAUACUAUUGAAUAAAGCCAGUUUGAAAAAAAAAAAAAAGUUCAGAGAAUCUGACUAAUCUCCAAUUGUUAUGUAUAAAUGAGAUGUUGCAGCAGCAGUGUUUGGGCUGAACAACAUAAACAUGUCAUUUCAAUUAACACUGCAAAACUUUUUUUUCAGGAAAGUUUGAUUGGAUGAAUGGCGUGGGGUUUUUUUCGCCCCUUGAUAGUAUGGAUUUAACUGAAAAAUAAUUUGAGCUGACAACUAAUGCAUUUUGUUUUCCAUGAAUGCUAGCAGAGAUUAGUAUUUUUAGGGCCUCGGCCUAUCUGAUUUUCUCUUAUACAUACACAGAAUGUUGUGAAGCAUCAGUUAGCAUUGGAUUACCAAAGAAUAGGUUGUCUUAUGCCACAUGUUCUUUCUCUGCACUUUGGGGAAAAGAUGCAUGUGUCCUUAGCUUAGCCACAGAUCUCUUUUUCCACUAACCCUUGUACUGUAUUGCUUAAAUUUAAAAUCCAUUUCAUAUAGAAUGCAAUGCUUGCAGGAUUUGCUGUGCUGAGUCUUAAGUCUAAGUGACACAUAAGAUGUUUUCUUUUGGAAAAAUGUGUUGGUAGUUUGUUCCUGAGCACCCCUGUGUGGGUAUGGCCAUACAUGGUUUGUAAAGGAUUGUAUAAAUAAAGGGGCUGACUAGUCA